GAAGAAACCUUUAAGUGAAAAAAACAGUCAAAAGCAUUCGAUUCAAAACGUUCAACAGACAAAUUUAACCAUUCACAUCUUUCUUCUUCUCCUUCCUAAAUAAGAUCGUUCAUUGGCCUCUUUGCUCUCAAGUUUCUUUCACCAAUGUCCAAGAUGAAGACCGAUCGUAAGCCUCCACUCGCUAAAUCACCGAUCCGACUACGUCCCCGCCGACCCACCACGAGUUCUGUGCAAACACCUCCAGGUUCUUUAACUAAAUCCCAAAAGCCAAAUCCCACAAGAGAUAUGGAAGAAUCAGAUCCCUGCCCUGAGUACCGCACCAUUUCGUGGGAGUUACGGGCUCUAGCAAGAAAGGUUCAAGAAGAAUUUGGAAAUGGAAAUUCAACUAACGCUGGGAUUAGUUCUAGUGUUGAUUCGAGUACCCUGUUUGAGAGAGGAAGGUUUUAUGAGGCGUACUCUGCAAGGAGAAACGAGAGGCUGAAGAGAAAGAAAGGGGAGACAGGGGAAGAGGGAAAGACAAGCUACAAUCUUGGAGUCACGAUUGAGUCUUCAAAGAAACGGGAUUCGAAGAAGUUGGAAAACUUGAGGAAAUCGGUUUCUGCUGCUUACUCCGUGGACAGAAGUGAGAAUCCCAUUCCCAGGUAUUCACUGAGAAGCUUGAGCAAAGAAAACAAGAAGCCUCCUCUGGCUGUCAACUACGAGAAAUCUGUGCUUCCAAGUGAAAGGAAAGUUGGGGCUAGAAGUGUUAGGAAAUUCUGAAUGCUGGAAACUGGAUUUGUUUUAGGAGUUUAAUCUUUCAUGGAUUUGCCAUUUUCUUUUGAGAUUAGGGGAAAAUUGCAUUCAAUUUGUGGUUUAAGAACUUUUAAGUUGUUAUUGCUUUUUAUGGUUCAAGAGUAUGUUUGAACU